GCUGCCUCACUUCCUGUUCGGCUUCAGCUUCCGGAGUCCUCCUGGCUGGGUGACUGAAGAGAAUCCUGACCUAGUCCCUCCUGUUGGUGGCGGAGGGCGGCGUGUGCAGGUUGCCAUGACCGGCCGGUGCACCCCGAGCCGCUUCCUGGCCAGCGUCUUGCGAAACGGGGUGGGCCGCUACGUGUGUCAGCUGCAGCGCCUCACCUUGACCCUCAGCCGGAACGCGCAGAGCUCACGGGGCGCCAGAGAAUACAUUGAAGAAAAGGUGGUGGACUUUGCCAGGCAGAAUCCUGGGAUUGUGGUUUAUGUGACCCCAAAGAAGUGCAGGGUUCCCACAGUGGUCGCUGAAUAUUUGAAUGGAACUGUGAGGGAAGAGUGUUUGACCAGCAAGACAGCAGAUGAGAUUGCCAGUAUCAUCCACAAACUGGCCAGUCAAUCUGGCCUAGAGAUAAUCCGUAUCCGAAAGCCCUUUCAUACGAAUAACCCCAGUAUCCAAGGCCAGUGGCACCCAUUCACAAACAAGCCCAGUGUGCUCAACAUUCAAGCCAUUCAAGAGAAACAAUCUCUCCAGCCUCCACAAAUGUAAAUCUACACUGCUGAAUAAAGCAAAUUACUUCUGUAAGUGUGAGGGGUUUUUUUGUCCAGAGCAAGAGCAGGUAUCUGAAUUGAAUCCCUUCGAUCUCCCAAGUGCUUCCAACUCUGCAGUGAGGAUAAUAUCCCUUUCCCUCGGGAAAUGAGCAUUGAAGUGAUAGGACCAGUUUGCUGUGUCUGCAAGGCAGUGUCUGAUGUUGAUUGUGACUCUUGGUUGUUGUAUUAACUUGUUAACUCUUAGAACAGAACAGGGCUAUUUCCUCCUCCAAAGGUUAAUGGGUAUGAUAGACUGGCAGGAACUGCAGAGGUAAUGAGUCUCUACUUGGGUAGCUUCUUGAUCCAUAUUUUGUGAUAACACAAUCCACCCUCAGCUGAUGCUUUUACUGGAAUUGGAAAUAAAUGGAAUGGAACCAUC